AAUAACAAUGCAAUUUCAAUACAUAAUUCAUUUCAUGUAUUUACUGAUACAUUUAUAUGGUAUCUCAGAUGGAAUGACAGAUCUUGAAAUCGAUGACUACUGUCGAAGGUAUGGAUACCUUCAGGACAGAAUGCCAGGAACAGGUAUUCCGGCCUCGCCCGAAAACAGGAAACUAGGCCUUCAGCGUUUUCAAAACUUCAACUCCCUUUCUGUAACUGGCCUUCCAGAUAAACGGACAAUUGAACUGAUGAAAAAGCCGAGAUGUGGAUGUAACGAUCUCCUGAUGCCGGAGACAAAAUUUAUGAUAAGAUCCAGAAGAGAUCUGAGACAAUUUAAGCCUGUAGCAUUCAACGAAGGCCCAGGUAAAUGGUCGAAAACGCGGCUGACGUACACAUUUCUCAGGAGAAAUGGAUUCACUAGGCAACUGCUUCAAUCAGACAUUAGGUCAGAAAUUGCUCGUGCAUUCAAAGUGUGGACAGAUGUAUCUUCAUUGGAAGUUACAUACAUUGAUGAUGAAAACGAAGCUGACAUGCUGAUUUCAUUUGAGAGACGGGAUCAUGGAGAUGGGUCUGCUUUCGAUGGCAACGGAAAUGUAUUAGCACAUGCGUUUUACCCACAACACGGUGUAGCACAUUUCGAUGACGAUGAACGAUGGGUAAUUAACCGAACUGGAGUUGACCUAUUUACUGUGGCCGCCCAUGAGUUUGGACAUUCCUUAGGGCUUGCACAUUCAUCUAAUAACGAGGCUUUGAUGGCGCCUUACUAUGCGGGUUAUAUACCAAAUUAUCAACUUCACUGGGACGAUAUAAGAGGAAUCCAAUCGCUAUACGGCGGUUCAACGAAUGACCCACGUCCACCAAUAACUACACGACCCCCGCCUUCAACUCAGCCUCCACGCACAACAGCAGUACCACGCCCAACAGCAGUACCACGCCCAACGCAACCUAUACCUACCACUACCCUACCAACAACCCCAGAUAUAUGUCGAUUCGAAUUCAAAGGUGUAAUGAGAGAUGACAAUGGUGAUAUUCUGGCAUUCAAUUCACGCGGUGAUAUGAUAAGACUGACUUUAAAUACAGGAUUUAUCGAGCAAAUGAGAUCUUCAGAUAUUUUCCCAGAGGCACCUGAACGGUUUGACGACGUUACAAAUGUUCCUUCCGCUGGCACGGUAUUUUUCAGAAGGGCGUUGAACUGGAAAUACCAAAUAAAAGCAGGCACAGUCUCAGAACGGGAGCUAACAGUUCUUGAAUAUAUACCACGUGCAAGACGGCAUCUUCGUGAAAAGAUCACAGCUGUCUUUGCCACGAGUCAGAAUCGAGUUUACAUAAUCGGGACGUACUUUGUGCAGGAGUUUAAUGCACAAACCAUGGAGAUCUUACCAGGAUCAUACGAUUAUACCAGUUCAAAAUUUCCUGGAGUACCUCAAGGCCUUGAUGCUGCUUUGGCAAUAAGCUCGAGAGAAAUCUACUUUUUCAAAGGCCCUCUAUUUUGGCGGUUUGAUUUAGGAACUCGGAGUUUACUAGAAAGAGCAAGGCCAAUUGCACCCAGAUUUAUACGAGGACCCUGUGUUUAAAUUUUAAAACUGCAACGUGUAACUAGAGAAGUGUUUAGAUUGACAAAUCAUUACAUAUAAGAAAGUACGUAUUUCAGACAACUGAAGAACUUUAUCACAGAUCUUUUCGAUUUUUAGCACGUAUUUCUCGAAUAACAAAGCACCAUAUUCCGUUCAUUCCUGUUAAAUAUGUAUAUACAAGUAAUUGCAUCUUUGUAUCGUUUAAUGAUACACAGUUUUAACUUUCCACAAUUUCAGUCCCCGUAAGUGUGGCUCUGAUAAAUAUUGGUCAUUUUCAAUAUAACAGGUUUUGGUAUCUUGUCCUUCUUCACAACAUUUUCAAUGUUUAAACAUAAAAAUCAUCACCAUAUGAUCCUAACAAUUUCUCUUUCUAAAAUAUCACCAAACCUAUAACGUAAUUGUAAUAUGUUACUUUUGUUUCGUUCCUUUUGAAUGUUCUUAACUCGCCUCUUCAGAUUCUUGAAAACAACUGCAUUAUACAGUUGAAAUUAUCACUUACCUCUACUGUGAGUAUUCGUAUAAGUUUGUGGCGGGCUGUUUACAUUUGCGACUUGAAUAGGUCAGAUUUGAAAUAUGUGUUACUAAAAAUAUUCUUAAAAGUGGUAUUCAAUUGUUGUUCUUUAGUGCAAUAUCAAGACUGUGGUUUUAUUUAGUUUUUGCUUUUAAUUAAUAUUUUUACGGGCGCUUCAUUUGUAUUUUAAAUUAAAUUGUAAUGUCAUAUGAUGGUAGUAUAUUCUUAUCAUCCACAACAUCUUAUAACUGCAGAGUUUUAUACAAACCAUUACUGAAAAAGUAAUCAUAUUGCUACUUUCAUUUUUUAUCAUUUUCUCUGGAUUUUUGCUGUAUGUGCUUUUAUUCAAAAGUAUCGUGAAAAUUCUUGACAAAAGCAUCUCUAUUUAUUUUAUCCUCCUUACCGGUUAACCCAGAAAACUAUAUUUUCCCCUUCUUCCGUCCAUUUGUCUGUCGGUCUGUCUGUCUCAACGGUUUUUUUUUGUCAUGCCCACAUCUUUUUAAUAUUUCACUUACUGUAUUUUGUAGUUGAGGGUUCCGAAAUCAAGAUUAAAUAAAUUAUGACAGUGAGCAAGAAUUGCGGAAGCCAAUUUUAUACACAAAAAAGUUUUGUUUUUUUUUUUGUGUAAUUUUGCCAUUUUUUCAAAUCAUAUCAUUUUUGCAUUUAAUCCUUUAUCACCAAGGUCUCAAUAUUAUGAUACUCUUUGAAAUAUAUACAUUAUUAUUUAAUACAAGUUAUUGUUGUCUUUUCAUAUGUGGAUUUUUUCAUUGUUAUAUGUAAGUGUGAAUGGUAGUAUUAUUUGAACUUUCAAAAUUUUCUUUCAUUUUUUCAGCUGGAUUGAACAAGGUUUAUCUCCCUUUGAAUUUAAGAAACUUAUUUGCUUUACUCCUACAAGUAUGUUUGUAUUUGCUUUGUAUCAGAUAACUUGUCAUUUCUUUAUGUGUCAGAGUUGUGAUCUUUUCUUUCAUUCAAAGGUCUAAGGUAGGAGUAUUUUGUAUUUCAUACAUUUCUGUUGUAAUUUAAAUACAAUUUCAGUUCUUCAAUUCUUCAAUAUCAAGACAAGUGGGUAACUUCUAUCUAAGGCUGUUUUUCUAACUGUUUCAGAAGUUUUUUCUUGUCAAUAGUCCUUUCACCACUGUUAUUGCAACAAGAGGAUAUUGAGUUAAGUCCAACUCUGGUCCAGGUAUUGUCAUGCUGUUCAUAUUCAAUUUGAACAUCAGAAGUGCUAGACAUAAAUUAUUUGGAAGAUAUUGUUAUUGAUUAAGAUAUUUUUUAUCCUAACAGAGACCCAUCUGUAUGUUGCAUUGUUUGGCACUUCUGCAUCAAACUCUAAAUUAUUAAAAGGUGAUAUUCACUUGUGUGUAUUUUGUACAGUCUAGAUUAUACAGUGUCUACUAUAUGCUUUGUACGCCAACUUCCAGUAUUCGCUGUUUAGUUCCAGUAAAAGGCAUUGUUGAAAUAUACAAAGAUAUUAGAAUUUGUUUAUGUGUAUAAACCACCAACUGACAAUUUUCAAAUGCAUUUUACCAGGUGUAAUUAAGAUAGAAAAUUAAUAAUGUAAAUAGGUUUACGUUUAGUAUGAAAUGUGUCUGGAGAUGUUUUCACAUCAAACAUUGACUUUGUUAGCUUAUCCUGUGAAUCAUAUAAAUAUGUUUACUUAUAGUUCAUAUGUAAAUAACACCUAAUACAAAAGAAAUUUCAACAUUUUUGUAUUCAUUGUAAACAAUACAAGUAUAUUAUAUUUUUUGUAUGAUUUGAAUGAUGAAAUCUAUUU